AUGUCUGAGACACACCCAACUUUGUGUACUCUUUCAUCCAUUCUUGCUCUUCUUCUAAUCUUCCUUCUCAUCAAAAGAAAGCAAGCCAGACCCAGGCUUAAUCUUCCCCCAGGAAAAAUGGGCUGGCCCUUUGUGGGGGAAACCAUUGGGUAUUUGAAGCCUUACUCUGCUACUACAAUUGGAGACUUUAUGGAGCAGCACAUAGCAAGGUACGGUAAAAUUUAUAAGUCGAAAUUGUUUGGUGAGCCAGCAAUAGUUUCGGCAGAUGCAGGGUUGAAUAGGUUCAUAUUACAGAACGAAGGGAAAUUGUUCGAGUGCAGCUACCCUAGAAGCAUUGGUGGAAUACUCGGAAAAUGGUCCAUGUUAGUGUUAGUUGGCGACAUGCAUAGGGACAUGCGGGUUAUAUCACUCAACUUUCUAAGCCAUGCCAGGCUCAGAACACAUCUCUUGAAAGAGGUAGAGAAGCAUACCCUUCUGGUUCUAAGCUCUUGGAAGGAUAAUUCCACAUUCUCAGCUCAAGAUGAAGCCAAGAAGUUCACCUUCAAUUUGAUGGCAAAGCAUAUCAUGAGUCUGGAUCCUGGGAAUAUGGAGACAGAGGAACUAAAGAAAGAGUAUAUCACUUUCAUGAAAGGGGUGGUAUCGGCUCCAUUGAAUUUUCCUGGAACUGCAUACUGGAAGGCAUUAAAGUCCAGGUCCACCAUACUAAAGUUCAUAGAGGGGAAAAUGGAAGAAAGAGUCAAAAGAAUCCAAGAGGGAAAUGAGAGUUUGGAGGAAGAUGAUCUUCUAAACUGGGUUCUGAAGCAUUCAAAUCUUUCAACCGAACAAAUUCUUGACUUGAUCCUCAGCUUGCUCUUCGCUGGCCAUGAAACUUCAUCGGUAGCCAUAGCUCUAGCUAUUUACUUCUUGCCCGGUUGUCCUCAAGCUAUGAAGCAGUUAAGGGAAGAACACAGAGAAAUUGCCAGAGCCAAGAAGCAAGCAGGGGAAGUUGAACUGACUUGGGAUGAUUACAAACGAAUGGAAUUUACUCACUGCGUUGUGAACGAGACACUUCGGCUGGGAAAUGUUGUUAGGUUCCUUCACAGGAAGGCUCUGAAAGAUGUUCGGUACAAAGGUUAUGACAUUCCAUGUGGGUGGAAAGUCCUUCCGGUGAUUGCAGCCGUGCAUCUGGAUCCUUCACUUUUUGACGAACCUCAACACUUCAAUCCAUGGAGAUGGCAGUUUCUAGUCUCAGCUCAUUCAGCUUCUUCUAACUCUACGAACAGUGGUAGUCUUGGAAGUUGCCCAAGUUCGAGCACAGCAAGCAGUAACUUCUUACCGUUCGGGGGAGGACCAAGACUAUGCGCGGGAUCAGAGUUAGCUAAGCUUGAAAUGGCUGUUUUCAUCCACCAUCUCAUUCUCAAUUACCAUUGGGAAUUGGCUGAUACCGAUGAAGCUUUUGCAUACCCUUUUGUUGAUUUUCCAAAAGGCCUAUCUAUCAGAGUCCAAACCCACUCUUUGAUUUGA